AUGUUUGAUGUCACUACAGACACGUUUGCGGUCCUCAAUGGAACAACUUCAAACACAGAAUUCAACGGAACGGACACCACCUGGAAGGAUGCCAAUACUGCAGGCUGUACCUACUGGGUCUGCAACGUGAUUGUUGUCAUAAUUGGUGUUGUCGGAAACUCUAUGGUAUUGCUUUUAAUGGGAGACGUCAAGUUUGUUUCAUUUUCCUACCCAGUGUAUUUGAGAUUCCUGGCAGUGUCUGACAGUGUUGUUCUGAUAAUGCUCUGUGUACGAGAGACAACAAGACGGUUCCAGUCAACGUAUCUCAUCGGGACUAACCUUCAGGUUUGUGCAUUGUCGAAAUUCGUAAAAGACACGGUCACACUAUUGUCGCCGUGGUUGGUCGUUGGGCUGACUGUCGAUCGUUUCUUCUGUGUUGUGUUCCCAAUGAAACGUGGUCGAAUCUGUACUCGAACAAAAGCCACGAUCGCCUGCUCGUGUCUGACUAUUUUGUCAGUGCUGACGAUGUUCCCACUCCUUGGCGGAGCGAAAAUUCUCGUGGAGUCAGAGGUGUGCUUCGUGAAAGAUACCUUUGUGGUCUACUUCACCUUUAUACGUUUAAUACUCACUGCAUCACUCCCUUGUCUUUUGAUUCUCGUCUUCAACAUUGUCAUUGGAAUCCACAUCCAACGCAGCGUCACCUUUAGAAAGAGAUUCACCUCCACCAGCUCUGGCUCCAGAGAAAACAAACAGGACAGGUCACUCCGCCCUCUCAUGCUGAUUUCCAUACUGGCUUUCGUAACACUCCUACCGUUAUCUAUUGUAGAGAGUUGUGCUUUGAUCCUGCUCGCAACCAAUUCAGAUAUAAAAGUCCUAAAAAUCAUCGCCGAAUUGUGGUCGCCAUUUAAUAUUUUGAAUCUGGUGAAUUUUGGACAGAAUUUCUACAUCCUGAUGUCCAGUUCAGCUAAUUAUAGGGACAUUAUGAAGAGAAAGUUAAGAUGCAUUAAAAUUCGAAAACAACAUGAGAGAACCCGAGUGGCAAGAAUUUCAAUGAAUGUUCAAGCCCCUGCCUAUUGUACGAGAAACACAACAGUCUAA